UGAGAGAGGUAUAAUCUAAUCAAUUUUAUACAUUCACUUAAUCUAAUGAACUGUACAGAUUAAUUUAAUGAUUUUAAAUAUACAUUAUACUUCGAUAAUCGUGGAACAUAUAGGUGUGACCUCUUGGAAGAUGCUAAUUAUGAAAAUUUGAAGAUACUUAAUAUAUUUAUGAAGAAAAGUGUGUCGUCAGUUAACUAUGUUUCCUUUUAUUCUAAAUAGUAGUAAAAGAAAAAAGAGGUUCUUCUGGCGUGUUAGUGUAAUUAAUGAAUUUAAACAAAACUAUGUGAUUUUCUAGUAUCUAAUAAAAUGUGGAUGAUAUUACUUUCUCUGUGUGUUAGUGUUACGUUAGUGAUGUCCCUGGUAUUUUGCCUUUGUUGGAGGAAGAAACCCCCAAAAAAUGAAUGGCAAGGGCUUGAUGGCAUGGUUACUCAAAAAAAUCCAGAUGAAAAUGUUAAUCACCUUCCUUCUGCUGCAUCAUGUGUUGUUGAUGGCCUAAAUGCUAGUGGUGAUUCAUUAGAUGCUAAAAGAAAUGCAGUCACUAAUACUAGAAGAAGUUUACCUGAUAUCCCAUCCGAACAAGGGGCUACUGUAAAUUGGGAACCUGCUGGAGAUAAUUCUUCUGAACAUUACGCUACAGUGGGACAAUACCAGAAUGCAGCAAAAAGACAUACCUUAACGAACGGCAUUGAGUCCCGACCCAGCAUAUCCCAGCACAGUUCAAUAAGUCAAGCCGAUGAUACCUUUUCACCAUAUGAGAAGGUUAAAUAUGAUAAAAUAAAAUCAAAGGAACACCCUUACGCACAGCUUCAACCCUCGACAGUAAGACCGACUGUGCAUGAAGAAAAUCAGUCGACCUCAGAAGAACGGGUUAAUUUGUUGAGGGUGGAAGGAGCAGGUACAUCUAGUGAACCUUCUGCACCGCCUAGAUCUCGGAGGUCGUCCUCGCAUAGUGCUGGUGGGCUUGAUAUCCCUGCUGCAUCGGCUGUAGCAGGUGUUUUAGCAGCUAGUCCGGAAUUGCCUUAUAUGACCCCUCCGGUCACCCAGGCAAAUUUUAGUGGAGAUUCACAAGACUCUUCAAAGGGUUAUACCAGUAUUAGUGUUAGAGAGCCUUUGGCAAAUAUAAUUGCACAGACGAAACAAAUGAAUAAGAAUAAGAGAGAACUGGAUCCUCAUUAUUCUACAGUUUCGGAUGACUCGGAUGAUGUCUACACCACUAUACCGGAUCCGAACAACCCUAUUUAUAAUAGCGAAAGUGAAACAUAUGCUCGAAUACCUUCUUUGCCGAUAACAAUCGAAGCAGAGGUCAAUGCGCCACCCUCAACGUCACAAGAGGAGGAAGACGAAGUAGGCGAUGAACUUUAUUAUGAGCCUGCGCCUCACCCUCCACCUCCCAGUGUUGACAGUUUAAAACAUGUAACUGGACACGGUAGUCAGACUCACUCACAUUCCAGACAAGCAUCGUCGUCGAGUUCGAUAGCAAACUUAGGAUCGCCCAAGCCAGAGAAACGUCAAGCUAACUCUCCAUUACCUCCCCCUCCAUUAGCGACAAGUUUCGAUUUCCACACCGACAAGCUCCAAGUAAUCAGGAACUUGGACGACUUAUACGCAAAAGUGCACAAAAACAAAAAAGAAGAACUACACAAUGAGAAAACUGGUGACAUUAGUGAUUCUAGUGAAAACAGAAACUCCUUGCCUGUAGUAUUGGACGCUAAUGUGGUAGAAAAGAGACUAAAGGACCACAACUAUGAGACGCUGAAGAAAUCGCUUAGAAAAUUGAGCGAUCCGGGGUACGAGAAAAUUAGGAACAGUGACGAACCUGGAUACGCCAGUAUAAAUGGUCCAGAAAGUAUUACCAGUUCCGAUCCUGGAUACGAAGUUUUGAAUGACGAACAGUGUUCUGAACUAGAUCCGAAUUAUGAGCAGUUGCGCCAUCGAAUCUCAAACGCCAGUGAUCUUGCGGGUUAUUCCAGAAUAAAGGAAACCGUUAGUAACGACGGAUACUCAGUGGUGAACAAGCAGAGGAAAAAUACAGUGCCUUUGACUGUGCUCAGUAGUGACGAUACAUUAGACGAACCUAAUUAUGAAAGCAUGCCUAGUGAAAUCGCUUCUGAGCCAGGCUACGCAGCGGUCAAAUCAAACGGUAGUGAAUCCGAUCCAAAUUACGAGUCUGUUAAUCAAAACGAUCCCAAUUAUGAGAGUGUUAAGGACUUGGAAGAGCCUCCUUAUGAAAGGCUGGAUGAGGAUUCGAGUAGAACUAAUUCUGAUCUGUCAGGCUAUGAAAAAAUAAAGAAGAAAGGAUGCGAAACAACAACUGACACUUCAGAGAGUUCCAACAGUGCUGGAAAGUCACUUUCAGACAAAUCUGAUCCCCCUUAUGAGCUCUUAAAUAACGAUACGGAUUCAGAGAUACCUGGAUACGAAAAAAUUAUAAACAAGAGUGCCCCAAACGAACACUCUUCUGGAAGCUCUGGACAUUUCUUAGGACCAACAAACUCGUCUAAUCUUUUAGAUGAAGACGGUAUUUUUCAAGUUUAAUCAGUAUUUGUGCCUAUAAUUUUUGGUGCUAAAUUAAAAUUUUUCAAUUUAUAUAUUCACACUUAUAUUAGUGAUAACAACGAAAUUGAAUUUUCUAUGAAAUUGUGAUUACUUAAUAUUAUUCAAAACAUUUAUUUUUUAUAGAACGUCACCAACUUAUUAAUUUUAAAUCAAAAUGUCACUAGUGUAAAGCUUUAUUAUCCCCUUAUUUAUUUUUGAAAAACUACCUAUUCCAAGUGUAUUUCUAGGUCUUCCACUACAGUUAUUAUUUAUUUUGUGCCAAACAUUUUUUAAUGUUUUAUUUAAUGUUACUUGUAGACUGCUUUUUAAAGAGUAAUAUGCAUUUAUUAUUAAUAUUUGUUGCAAUAUUACAGAGUAAUAU